AUGUCGAGUACAUUUAGAAGUAAAACUAAAGAACAAUUUCGACAACGUCAUUACAUUCAUCAUAUAUCUACAACAAUUAUCCUUACAAUUUUUGCUUCGAUACUUUUCAUUAUUACUUUGUUCAUGUACUUAUUUUUAUCAGGAAAAUCAAGAUCAUCUAUAACUAAUGAUACUGUUCAUGCGGAUGACGAAAUUAUUUUACGAAACCGUAAUGAAUAUUCUAUCCAUCAUAUUUAUAUUGAUAUUGGCUGUUUUAAUGGUGAAACAAUUGAACAUUUUCUUCAUUUUAUUCCUGAUAGUAUAUUUUAUGAUAUAAUUACAUUCGAACCUGAUCCAGAUAACUAUCAAUUAUGUAAACAACGAUUAAGAGAAAAAAAAUAUAUGAAUAUAAAUAUAAUUAUUCUACAAAAAGUUGUUUGGAUACGUGAUGAAAAAAUUUAUUUUCAAACUAAACAGGGACGACAAAGUCGAAUAAAUAUGAAUGCAAACGUUCUCAACAGGAAUUCGAAAGAAUUAGAUGCUAUUGAUUUUUCAUCAUGGCUUGCUCGUUUAGUUAAACCAUACAACACUAAAGUACAUAUUAAAAUAAGUAUGCCUGGAGCAGAAGUAUUACUUUUAGAAAAAAUGAUUAAUGACGAUACAUUAAGAUUAGCUGACAGAUAUGAAAUUGAAUGGACAGAUAGAGAAAAUCCUCGUACACGUCCUACACGUCUUUAUACUCAAUUAAUGCUUGAUACUGCUGGUUUUGAUUGUCUUUAUUAUAUACGUUUGGAUGAUAUACGAAAAGUGUUUCAAUUGAAUGAAACAUUUAAAAAUGUUCCUAUAUAUAAUGAUUGGAGGCUAGUGAGUGAAUAUGAAGUACAUGCAUAUUAUGCUCAACGACCCGACGUACAUCGUGUACCAAAUUUAAUAAAUUAA